AUGAAAGGGCUAGCCAACUCAAAUGGCCCACCCACUAUAAGAGUCUACACUCUUAAUGCUAAGAAGGCUAAGGGAAACAACGACUUGAUUGCCAGUGAGUGUUUUCUAAAUAAUGAACCUUUAAAAGUAUUGUUUGACACAGGUGCUUCUCAUUCCUUUAUAUCCACUAAGUGUGUUUUACGCUUAGGUCUCAAAUUAACUGAAAUUACACUUCCCAUGGUUGUCUCUACAACGGCUGAGAGUAGUGUCGAAACCUCUUAUGUUUGUAAGAGUUGUCAUCUCAUUGUAUCUGAUAGAGUCUAUCCAAUUGAUUUGUUUUGUCUACCUUUGAACGGAAUGGAUGCCAUCUUAGGAAUGGUUUGGCUUUCAACUAAUCGUGUACUUGUAGAUUGUGAAGAAAAGAUUUUGUAUUUUUGUCCUGCUAUAUUAAGUAGAAAUGAAACUGAUUCCAUUCUACUUCCUAGUGUGUCUAACCUCUUACAAUGCCUAUGUAGUGGGGGUCAAGGUUUUCUACUAACAUCAUCUUCAGAUUCCGGACCUAAACUUGAUGUCGCUACAAUUCCAGUUGUGAAUGAAUUUUUAGAAGUCUUCCCAGAAGAUGUAGUAUGCCUACCUCCAGAGAGGGAGAUAGAGUUCUCCAUAGACCUAGUCCCUAGUGCUAAUCCAAUUUCCAUUACUCCUUAA